CAGAAGGGCAGCCCACGGCCCUUUGGAACUCGUUCGCGGCUUGGGAUCGGAACUAAAGUCGACGUCCGUUUGCUAUAAGUCUUUGCCUGCUCCAUUAUGAUUCGGCCUGCGCGGGGAGCUCUUCUUCUUUUGCCAGCGUGAUCUCGUUUAGCAGACGUCCGUCGCGCGACCAGCUAUUAGCCCCCAAGGGCUUGGGUCAUUUCCAGUCCAGGUCAGCGGCUACAGGCGUCCGCUGCACCUCAGCCGCGGUCGCGCUUCAGUGGCCACCAUCAUUAAGGAGACGGCAGUUUAUCAUACCCGUCGAAUCGCAUCAACCGCUCCAAAAUCAAGCGCUUUUUGGUCUACAGACGCGUAGAAGCAUCCGGUUUUCUCUCGUGUGCAUGUGCUAGUCAUCAGGCAUGGCGAUGACCACAACGCUGGUGCCUAGUCCGUCGCUGAACUCUUCUUUCUCGCCGUAUACAGAUUCUCCUUCGUCUCCCGCUCCGUACUCCGUAGCCUUUAGACCUAUGAACAGACAAUCGACCGGCUCAGAGAAGGACUCUCUAGCGCCUCCUCCCUCGCCGUAUCCAGCUACAGUCGAUCCCUCCCCAGUAGAGUCUAACGACUCUCACUCGACCGACGUCACGGACAUCGAUGCCGAAGAUGUGCACAGCCCAAGUCAUGCCGAUGGUCUGAAAUCGCCCGACAUCGAGAUAAUCAGUCCUGCGAGCGGCAUGAGCGCUGAAGACGUGUCGCCUCUACCGCAUAUCGACACAAACAUUAUCAUCAAGGACUCGGAAGACGGUCAGCCGCAGUCGGUUAUACAUGCCCCGACCGGAUUCAAGCAAUUUGAUACAAAGAAGACGGCCGUGGCCAGACACAGUCGACGAGGCUCAUCGCCGUCAGAAACAUCCGAGCAUACUGCCGUAGUUUCCCCAACAACGCCAGAGAGCGCAGAUCGACCUGAAGAAAAGAAACAGCAUCUGCGUGACAGUGCUCCUCCAUUAAAUACCCAAGUCCUACCAGCUCGGUUGGGAUCUGGCGGUACUCCACGCGCGUCAACAAUCCAAGAAGCAGAGGAGGAGUGGAGAAGAAGAUCAUGGGCUAGCAAUAAGAGCCAAAGUCUAGAAGAUAUUGCGGAGGCUGACGACCAUGAACGCUCUGACACGGCAUAUGCUGCCGGCCAAGUCGGAAGUAUCGGAGAGGCUCUCAAGAGUCUGAACUCGGCGGAAAAGGAAGUUGCCUCCCUUAAGACUGCACUGAGCGAAUGCUGGACCUUGUGCAAUACCCUUGCAAACCUCAGCUCCAUGCAUCGCGAACGUAUGUUCAGCUUUUCCGGCAGUGGCGACGUCCAGGAGCAAGCUUGGAGAAGCUGCUGGAAACUAUGCCAAAAUCUGUACGAGAGCCGAGACGAAGACCACAAUAGCCAGGUCCGGCCAACACUCGAGUUGUGUCGGGAGUUCUGCCAGGCUCUCUUUGAGGCGCGUCAGCGUGGUGAUGAAGUAACAGACUCCAUCCUACGCGUGAGCUUCGAGCUUAACAACCACCUUUACAACAUCCAUGAUCGAAAUCUACCUGACGCUUUUCGAGAGCGAACCUUAGAUUUUUAUCUUACAAUGUGCCACCGGCUAAUGAAACAGCGAACCUCUCUUCCCGAAGAGACAGAUGCCCUGCUUCGGGCCUGCUGGACGCUUGCCGAACUGCUUUUCAGUCUCAGGCAAAACAAUCGCGAUAGUCGAGCCGUAGAUGAGGAAUUAUUGGGCUCAGCGGUGCAGGCCUGCUGGGAUUUGUGCGAUUUAUUUCGCGAAGGCUGGACGCAAAUACGACCAGAGCGAGGCACGCCCCGACCAACAAAGACCACUUUUCAGCCCAACCCAUUUCCUAGCAAUCUCAGCCAGUCAACUAGCUCACGUCCCGAAUCCUCAGCAUCGGGCACGUUUCAUUCAGUUGACUCAUUUCCCCCUGAAACCCCAACAACCAUUUACGAUGAUAGGGACGACAUGUCACCAGCGGAGAUGGCCGUCCCAAAUAUUCUAGUACUUGGCCCGGAGAAUCCGCGAUGGUCGUCGAAUAAUUCAGUGACAGGCUCCAUGUCGGGAUAUUCUGAAUCAUCGCAACGCACCGCGCGAUCGGCAUCCCGAGCUCUCCAACACACCCCUCCUCCCGUUGUUCAGCAAGACUCAGAAGAUCCGAAUCUCCUACGGCUGAAGACUUUGAUAGUCAAAGCGGCUUUGAACAUAGGCUUUGGUCGACAAUCCCCGACAACGUUGACGGCCUUCGUGAAAACACUUCCUUCCACGGCAUUUGGUACACAGUCGUGGCAGAUGAAACUGUUCGAGUCUUACAGGAAACUUGUCCUGACUGACCCUAGUCUCCGUGGUGACCAUAGGACUAUACUACCUCAGGGCAGGCGCAUGUCUGCAUCGGAAAUUGGUCGGGCAGUUCAAUGGAUGUCCCGUAACGAGUCCUUCUCGUGGUUCAAAGACCUCUUUAAGCUUGUCUUUGGCUUCGGCCCGGAGGAAGCUGCGGGUAAGAAAGGUGUUGGCGUGCAAAUAUGAACGUUUACGUUUCUUGGAUUGCUGCGACAUCGUAGCUUGGCGGCUCAGUUUGAAAUUGGGAUGCGAAAAUUUUGGCGCCAUAUACCCCCCCGAGUUUUGUCAGUCAUUUCGAGUGUACUUCAAAUCAGAAUCUAAAUCGUCGCUGUGUCUCAAUCUUUGACGCGCAUUGGUCUUCUAUAUCUCGAGUGAUCCCACGGAUUUGCGGUACAGCAGCCUGGGGCUGAAGAACUCAAGAGGACACCCCCAACUUCCUUCUUCGUCCUAGCGUGGCGCUGCCCUUGAUCUCACGGACCUCACGACACUUUAUCGUGAUCAAUCCUUGGGCUCCAAAUGGACAACCGCUCAUGAUCGACGGG